AUAUUAGCAAAAGCCACUUGAGGCCAUGCGUUACAGGGGUUUUAUCAUGGCUAAGGGGGUUUUAGGCACUUUGCGUAGCGCCUAAGAGCACCUUUAUCCAUGAUAAAAUCUCUGUAACACAUGGCCUCGCGUGGCUUAUUGUUUUUUUUAAUGACUGCCUGAUCUUUUGAACUCCUGUCCUACUUCAUAUGCAUAAACUCUUAAUAAUGCCACUGUUUUGCAUUAGCUGACAGGUGAUGUUUGUCAAAACAGUGGUUUCACUGAACGUUUCUGUUUUACCAAGGAAUAAAUUUUCCACGUGAUCUCUGUAAGUGCCAGCUCUGUCGUGGCUUUGCUAGAUUUAAUCAGUACUGUGAUAUAGACAGUGCAUUGCCUUUGUCUUCUUAGUGCUCAGAUAGUUUAUCAUUUGUUAUAGGACACCUUAGCUGGCUUAUUUACUAGUAAUUAGCCAAGAUGUCAGGAACAUGGAGCUGGAAAUCCACCUUGGAGAGUGGAUUAACCUUUUGUCCUUGGCCCUUUUUAGUUGCCUGCUCUGAAGCAGUAUUGGAUUGGCCUUACUAGCUGACAGCUAGAUUUCUUUCUUUUCAUUCCGGUCUCCUAGUGGGAUGCCUGUGGGAUUCUGGUAGGGUUCUCUCAUUUAUAAAUGUCCGUUCAGAAUGAUAGAGGUUACUACAUCAAUCCAAUGAGUACAGUGAAAUUCUUAGUGUCCCUUCAGGAGAAGAAAUUGAAGCACUGGGUUACUACUUUUUGUUUCAUCUGUUUCUGGUUUAGACUGCACGCUUUUGGACUAUACAUGGUCCAAUAAUUAUACCAAAAACCAUAUGAGCUAAGGUUUUUUUUAAAAUAUUAAAUUCUUUCUCUUGCAAAGCAGGCAAAAAAAAUGCUGUAUGACCUGAAAAGCAGUCUUAAAAGAUGUUGUUUCCUUGAAUAUUUCUUUCACCAGGGUCCUCAAAUGGUCUUGUGUCAAUAUACAAUUUUAGAACAAAAAUAAAAAAUAACAAUUAUAUACGGGAAUGAAAACCACACUGGCAGCUUAAACAUAGCCCACAAUUGCAGUAAAACAACACACCUGGCAACACUGCCUAUAAUACUCCGGAGAUUUUUUUCAACACAUUGUCAGAAUGAGUUUUUUAUAUUAUUAUUAUUAUUAUUAUUAUCAUUACUCAAAAUUGCCUUGUUUAGAUAUAAGGUGUUUUAAAUGUCUAAUUUAAAAGUACAGGAAGACACUUCUAUUUGGUUCACAAACCAAAUAUAGUAGGUCAUUAAUUUUCCAUGCAUUUGGGGUUUGUAAUUUGCAUUUUGGUUUCGCUGUAUGGCCAUAAAUCUCAGCACACUAAGUUCACAGAUAUCCUUCAUGGAACGAGACUAUAAAUACCACCAUACUGCUGGAGUGCUUUUUAUUCAUUCUGUGUGGAGUGGGUUACUAAUGUGUGUGCUUAAAAUUUCAUUGGGAAUUUCCUGGAAUAGUUCAAAGAUUCCUGGCUAAGGAAAUUACACUAUUGAACCGUACCUCAGCACAGCUCCCCAGGCAGCCAUUAAAGAGCCCCCACAGCUAUGAUGAAUGCUUAACUACCAACAUUCACCACCUAUUGCUAAAUACUCCUUGUUCUUUGUAGCUUUGUAUAAUAGACCUACUAAUGGAUGAUGAUCUGCUAACAAGCAGGAAGUAAAUAUGCUCUCACGGCAUGGUUAUGACUAAGAACUGAGUUGAACCAUUGUAAAUACCUGGGCAGUUCUGCAGUAGUGGGCUGCAUGGUUUGUUAUGGUGUGCCAGAUCAUGCUAGUGGGGUGAGUGUUGCUCUUUCAUGCCUCCACCCUUGGAUAUAGGAAGCCUGAAUACUGCAUUGGGCUAAAACUGGUGUCAGCUGCAGCACCUUCUUGGUGGAGGCCACUUUCCAAAUUGUUCCCAUUAAAGCGUCCACAAAGAUUUUUGCAAAAAUGCAGACACACUGCAGCAUCUUAAUGUAAGAAUCCUUGAUGCUUUUUGCAGGAGAAAGUUCAGACUGUGUGUGAUUUCAUGGUUUGAGGAAAUUUAUGCAGAAGUUAAGGCAGGUUGGUGAGGCUCUGAGCCUUCUGGAGUGCUGCCAUGACCAGUCAGGGAGGCAGCAAUGUGGACACACCCAGCCACCUGCCUUCCUCGUCAUCCUCAUUCCUCCGGCCGUCCUCAGGUCCAAAACUACAUGUGCAGCGCUCGCUUUCCCGUGACACAAUCACCAUCCAUUUCUCAACCCAGGGCAAGGAGGAGGAAGAGGAGGAUGAAGAGCUCUACCAGUUGGCUGUGUCCACAUCUGGUCUGGAGAGUGAUGAUCAGAGCAUAGUCACAGCUUUGGAGGCCAGUGAGGAGUUGCUGUUUGAAGGCACAGGACCAGGACCAGGUUCAGGGGUGCCCCCUGUGUCUUCUGUUAUGGCAUCAUCCUCAGCGGUCACCCAUACCCAAAGCUCAGCCUUAGCUAUCCAGCCAUUAUUCACCAGCCUUGGCUCUUCCUCUGUUUAUAGCCCUGCUAGCUCCUCCUGGCCCUCAGAGCACUGGACCCAACUCCCUCCACCUGCCACUUACUCUGCCUCUUCCACAUCGUCUCCAGUCAAGUCCUCAGCUGUGCACUCAAAGCCAUUCCUCAGCCUUGUGAGGUCUCUGUCCACUGAGGUUGAGCCUCGUGAAGGUGUUCCUUCAGCAACUGCCCCUCAGCCUAUGCGACACCGACAUCUGAUGAAGACUCUAGUUAAAUCUUUGUCUACUGACACAGCCCGUCCUGAACAGGAAAUCCCAUCACACCGGCUCUCUGAUUCCCGCCGUAACCUGCACCUCUUCAAACCUUUUACACAACCUCGUGUCACCACCACUGCCAGUGGUGACUCCAAAACAGCACCAUCCUCUCCCAUAGCUUCGCCCGAUGGUCGUUCCUUCUUCAAGGUACAGGAAGUUGAAGCACGCAUUGAAGAUACUAAGCGCCGUCUAUCCGAGGUAAUGUGCGAACCCCUACAGCUGCUUAGCAAGAUUAUUGGUGAGGAAGGAGGAAGUACUGCUAGUGGAGGUUCAAUGACUGGGACAGCAUGGGGGGCCCAACAUCCCAAAAGCCUCUCAUCUAGUGCCUCAGAGCUCUGUAGUCUUACAGCCCUCAAUGGCCACCUGGAAAGCAGAACUGACUAUUGCAUCAAAGAGGAAGAUGACAUGGAGGGUGACAGUCCACCAGGGGUAGCCACCAAUGUUCAGGUUAUACCUAAGUCACCCUCACUAGGCCUGGACAGGUGCUUUAUGUCAGCCCUGGCCAAGCAGGAGGAUGAAGAGUUCUGCGAGCUCUACAGUGAAGAUUUUGAGCUCUGCACAGACACAGACGCCGAUGGUGACCUUGGCACCUCAGCCCACCUCCAGCAGGGUAGCACAGCAUGCAGCGAAGAACCAACUGAGGGGGGUGAGGAGGAGGAGGAGGAUGAGGAAGAUGUGCCUCCGAGCAUACCACAUAAUGGACUUAUCCUGCUCAUUUCUGUUGUGUACGGCUACUUUGUUUUGCCGUUGCCUACGUACAUAGGUGGUGUUUUGCUUGGAGUAGCUGCAGGUUUCAUGCUAGCAAUACUUGUGGUGUGGCUGUCAGCUCCCCGUGGUUCUUCUUGGGGUCCUCACUUCAGACGAUGUAAGAGAGAACGCUGGAAUGGGGUCCCUCUAGACAUCAAAGAGCCAAUCAUCUAUAAGGGUUGGAUGAAUGAGAUUUACAGCUAUGACCCAGAGACGUACCACGCCACGCUUACACAUUCAGUAUAUGUGCGUCUUGAAGGCUCUGUGCUGCGUCUCUCCAAACCCAACCGCAAUAUUCCCCGCCGUGCCACCUUCAAUGAGCCCAAACCUGACAUCACAUACAUCAGCCAGAAGAUCUAUGACCUGACCAACAGCAAGAUCUACUUGGUGCCCCACAGCCUGGCCAGAAAACGUGUGUGGAACAAAAAAUAUCCCAUUUGCAUUGAGCUGGCCAAACAGGAUGACUUCAUGUCAAAGGGGGAUCAGACUGAAGCCGAGGAGGAGAAAGUCCUUGCUCCAGGUGAAAGGACUGAGGGGGUAGUGAGUAGUGAGGAAACCAAGCGCUCCACAGACCCUGUGCUGUACCUGUUCGGGAGGACAGGAAGAGAGAAGGAAGAAUGGUUCAGGAGGAUGCUGCUAUCCUCCAGGCUCAAGGCUGAGAUCAGGAAACCCUCUGGGCUGCUUGCAUCUUGCCUCCCCUCCUACAGCAGCGGGAGCAGCCAAGCAGGCGCUUUGUCUCACAGUUGCAGCAGUAGUCAGGGCAGUCUAGAUGACGUGAUACAGUCUAAACCACGGCAGAAAGAUGUCAAACAAAAAGUACUGGACUACAAUGUCUACAUGGCUAAAUAUAUCAGCCACACUUCAGGAAGCCCAAAUCCCAGCCCUCUUCACAGUACUGAUAGCAGUCCGAGGAGCGUAACGAAGUUCCCAGCAGGUCCUGGCACAGAGGCUGAGUCUGAGGCCUGGGUCAACGCCCUACUGGGCCGCAUCUUCUGGGACUUCCUCAGGGAGAAGUACUGGGCUGAUAUGGUCUCCAAAAAGAUCCAAAUGAAGCUGAGUAAAAUCCGGCUGCCGUACUUCAUGAACGAGCUGACACUGACUGAGCUGGAUAUGGGCAUGGCUAUUCCCAAGAUUCUUAAGGCCUCCAAGCCAUCAGUGGACCAUCAAGGUCUGUGGUUUGACUUGGAGAUCUCAUACUCUGGUUCUUUCCUGAUGACGCUGGAGACCAAGAUGAAUCUGACCAGGCUUGGGAAGGAGGGAGAGAGCUUUGGUGAACAAGGAAAAGAGGGACCACGUGCAUACUGCCUGGCUGACAGUGAUGAGGAGUCGUCCAGUGCUGGAUCAUCUGAUGAGGAGGAUCCGGCAGAAGUACCUGAAAUGCCGGGGACAGAGGGUUUCGUCGGAGGACAUCGGCCAAGCAAGAUCAUGCGCUUUGUAGACAAGAUCGCAAAGUCAAAGUAUUUUCAGAAGGCCACUGAGACAGAGUUCAUAAAGAAGAAGAUCGAGGAGAUGUCCAACACUCCUCUUCUCCUCACUGUGGAAGUGCAAGAGUGCCAGGGCAUGCUGGCCAUCAACAUUCCACCUCCCCCUACAGACAGAAUAUGGUAUGGCUUCAGAAAGCCUCCUCACCUUGAGCUGAAAGCCCGACCUAAACUUGGUGAGAGGGAGGUCACUUUCGCCCAUGUCACAGACUGGAUUGAGAAGAAACUGGAUCAGGAGUUUCAGAAAAUAUUUGUCAUGCCAAAUAUGGACGACGUGUGGUUACCCAUCAUGCACUCAGCCAUGGACACACGUUCCAGCGUGAACUUAGCUACUGUGACAACCGAUGCCUUGAAAGAUGUGGCUCCCUUGGACCUUGAACAAACUGCAGAUGACUUCUGAAGGCUGAUAAAACUGUACUAUGAGACUUUGGGGAGUCAACCAAGGGCACAUGUUAUAUUAUGUUCUUAGAUGAAGGUUAGUUGGAAACAUGAGGGUGUCUAAAUGCAUAAUAGUAGACUAAUACAUUUGUAUUAGAUCUUGAACUGAGUAAAGUUCUGUUGAAUAAUGCUUUACAUGCAGAGGCAGUUCUGGCAGUGUUUGAUACAUUUUUGGUAAUUAAAACACAACCUUGGAUUAAAGUCAGCUUUGGCUACAGCAAACAUUUGGGUUGGAGACCUCUUAUACAUUCAGCAACCACUUUAUUAGGAACCUCUGAUCAUUGAGGCAACUAUUUAAAUCAGCCAAUCAUGUGGCAGCAGCACAGAGCAUAAAAUCAUGCAAAUACAGAUCAAGAGCUUCAGUUAAUGUUCACAUCAAACAUCAGACUUAGGAAAAAAAAUGUGAUCUCAGUGACUUUGACAGUGGCAUCAUUGUCGAUGCCAAGACAGGCUAGUUUGAGUAUAUCAGCAACUGCAGAUCUGCAGAUUUUCACACACAACAGUCUCUAAGGAUACACAAAAUGUUGCAAAAAGUAUAAAACAUCCAGGGAGCUGCUAUUCUAUGGGCAAAAAUGCCUUGUUGAUGAAAGAGAUCAGAGAAGAAUAGCCAGACUGGUUUGAACUGACAGGAAGACUACUGCAACUCAAAUACCCACUCUUUACAACCAGGGUGAGCAGAAAAGUAUUCAAAACUCACAUCACACGUUAAGGUGAAUGGGUACAACAACCAGACCACAUCAGGCUCCACUCCUGUCAGCUAAGAACUGAAACUAGACAGUUGAAAAAGACCACGCAAUUUUACUCCUCUCUUCAACUGUCCAGUUUCAGUUAACUGGAGCUCUUGGCCUUUAUCUGGAUGGUUUUCUGUGUUGCGCUGCUGCCACAUGAUUGGUUUAUUGUCCAAUUGCAUGGAUGUGCAGAUGUUCCUAAUCAAGUGUCUGGUGAGUGUGUGUGUGUUUGCAGCUAAAAGCUACUUUUGUGUGAUAGGUAAUGUCCUACUGAAGGUAUCGGGUGUAUCAGAAGCUUUUUACCUCAUUUCUUUGCAAGGCAGUGUGGAAGGCCAACUGAGAUAUUCCCUUGUCACUCCUUUUAAAUCAUGUCCCUGCUAGUGGCUUUUGAUAGGAUAUCUUAAAAUGGUCCUAAUUGAGUGUGUGCCACUUUCAGCAUUCUUUCAAUAAUGUAAACUAGUGAGAGUAUGUUUGUGGAUUUUUGUGUAUGCCAUGAUUAUCAAUUGCUUUGUGCAAAUGUGCUUUCUCAAGGAUAACCAAUACCAUACAGACGCCAACCUUCACAACUCUCUUUGCUGCCCGAGUCAUCUGUGUCUAUACGAUUAUGCAAUUAGAUCAGUUUCACUGUGUUCAAGGACACCAGCUAAUAUCCCAUCUGCCCCAGAAGUGACACUACUCAAGCUGGCUAAUCGAGUACAUACAAAUAAGGCGCUUUCUGUAGACUUCGACUUCUUAACUGAAAACUUUCUGGAACUGGCUGGAAAAUGAAAUACACAGUACUGUCUUUGCCAUGGACUUGUAUGCCAUUGUGCAAUAUGGAGAAGCCAUCUGAAUGUAUAAAUCAUUGCCUGAUCAUCUCAGUUUAUGGGUUUUGUUAUGGAUGAUGUUAUUUCAAGAUUUACAAAGAUUCUCAAAUUUGUUUUUUAAUGUUGUCUCAAUUUGUGUUGACAAAAAAUGUGUUGUUUUAUUCAGAUAGUAGUUGUAAAUAUGCUUUAAUGAUGUGAUUGAACAUGUAGACCAGGGGUGUUCAACCUUACCUGCAAAAGGCCGAUAUGGCUGCAGGUUUCCAUUCCAAGUCCCACCUCAUUCCACUUGUUUAAGCUGUUGAUCUCCAAUCACUCCUAUUUGGGUGGAUUGAAAGUCUGCAGCCACUUUGGCUAUUUGCAGAUGUGAUUGAAGGAUAGACCAAGGGUUUUCAACUCUAGUCCUGGAGGCCCACUGUAAUGCAAGACUUCACCGUUUCAAAUACACCUGAUCAAGGUUUUCUAACCCACCAUUAUUAUAAUCCAGUUCCUUUUAAGCAUCAAAAAUCAAAAACUUCAGGGCAGUGAACUUCCUGGACUGGAUUUGAGAUGUCCUGAUAUCCGCUACCACUAGACACAUUGAUGAAGCAGAGGUUCCCAUUUAAACUCAAAUCCCAAGUCCACAAAUAUAAUUAGAUAAUCAAGGUCUGUAGAUAUUGGUUACCAAUACUGAGUAUGAAACAAAAAUGAAAAAUAGGAAUCCUUGAUGCACCAUGGCAACAAGAAAAAUAACCCAACAGGACUGGUAGUCAGUUAUCUAAUGAUUGUCACAUGUAUUUUUGUUGCUUUCCUCAAUGCUCUUCAUAAUUCAUUGCAAACAUUUCAAAGUACUCUGUCUAUUUCUGCUAACUUGAAAACACCUACCACAAUAUUUAUGUGCCAUUGUUUGUGGAAGUCAGGCCAAUGUUAAAUGAUCUGUGUGCUUCUCUAUGCCAACUUCUCAUCAUACCUUUUGCACUUUGUGAAAAUGAUUGCCGUUUUAAGUGAUUGUGUUCAGCCAUACUGUGACAAUGGAAUUGUGUGGGGAUGUAUAAAAUGCUUUUGGUAAAAUUA